AUGUUUCGAAGUGUCGUCAAACCAUUCCAAUUGCUGCUUCUUAUUUUAUUGUCGCCAUUUAUCGCGAUAGCAGCACGCUAUGAAUUCCUUGUGGACAGUGAUGACAUUUUCGAAAAAUGUCCUAAUAUACCCAACACAAACGGAAUACAUGAUCUCUUCGAUAUAAAAAAUAUAAGUAUCAAACUUAAUGAUGGUCUUGUGGAUAUUGAAGGCAGUGGCGUCUGUAAAUGGGAAGGUAUUGAACCCACAGAUCGUAUCAUGUUCAGAGGUGAAUUUUUUAAAUUUCAACGAGGUGCUUGGCAACCAACACUCUUUUCCUCAUACACGUCUGAUUUCUGUGCAAGACAAUUUGAUCCCGUGUCAGUUUGGUAUGAUGUUUGGACCCGUCAUAUACCUGAAGAUGAGCGUAAAUGUUUAAAUAAUUAUGGUCACAUCUAUCACUUAACCAAGUUUACAAUUAAUACGAUUUAUGAAUUUAAUACAAAUGUCGAGGGUCGUUAUAAAGUUGUGUCCCGUUUUGAGGCAUAUGAUUCAGCAAAUCGGAAACGUUCCCAGGAAAUAUGUUAUCAAACAAUGGCAAACUUGACACACGAUAUUCGCUAUGCUGCAGCACAGCACACGGUACAAAAUCUCAAUCUAACACCCGAUGAUUAUUUGGUACACAAUAACAUGAAGUCGGUCCAAAUGUGGCCACAGGCUGGGUUUUACUAA